AUGAAGAGGAUCAGGCAGACAGCUAAAGCUGAAAAUCCAGUUCUUCAAACACUACAGAGGACAAAAAAGCAGAAAACUGGUUUUUACAACACUCUGUUUGACACAUCUCAUCCUUUUACCUUCAUGGACUGGGGAAGUCUGCCACACCACGUAGUCUUGCAUAUCUUUCAAUGCCUGCCUCUUGUUGAUCGUGCCCGUGCAUCUUCAGUUUGCCGGAGAUGGAAUGAAGUGUUUCAUAUUCCUGAUCUCUGGAGAAAGUUUGAAUUUGAGCUUAAUCAGCCUGCUACUUCAUACUUGAAGUCUACUCACCCAGAUCUCAUUCAACAGAUUAUUAAAAGACAUGCUGAUCAUUUGCAGUAUGUCAGCUUCAAGGUAAAGAAGCCUCUUUUGUGUUCUAGUAAUAAUUAAGAAUAUUUUAUGUACAUUGAAUUUUAGAAUAUGUAUUUGUCGAUUUUAAAGAAACUUAUUUGUUUAGGCUAGUGUUUACUGUUUUUUUAAGUGUAGAAAUAUCAAAUAGAAAUGUGCUGGCAACUGCAAGUUUUCUAUGUCUCCAAUUCCUAUCUUCCCAGGGAAACCAGUGUUAAGAGAUAAUGUGGGCAUCUCCUGGAUUCAGGGUACUUUUUGUUGUUGUUAAUUAGGUAGGGUUUACUUUUCAAAUGCACAUUCAGCAUUAUUUCUUUACCAAUUUCAGUAAGUGAAGUAUAGUGUAUUUACCACCUACUUGGAGCAUUUCAGGUAGAAAUGUAGAGAGCCUGAAACCAAGGAGAUUCAAAUUCAGAUUUUGGACCAAUCACAAUCUCUUGGCUUAACCUACUUCAUGGUGUUCUUGUGAAGAUAAAGGAAUAGAUUUUCUUCAUCACCUUGAACCAAUUUGGAGAAAGGGUAAUACUGUAAUAGCUUCAGGUUAUUCUUAUUAUUCUUAUUUAGUCAUUUGUCACUUGAAGGUGUCUAAGUGACUUACAUUAAAGAAAAGCAUAUGCACAUAUAUAAUGCUGUUGGAAAAAGGGAGAGAUUAUAUAGUAGAUUAACAUUUCAUAUAACAUACAAAAACACACCAGCCCCAUAAACUAACAAAAACAUUGGCAGUACUCAAGCAAUAAACAAAGCAAUACUUGCACCCACUAAUUAGCAGAUAAACAAAUCUGAAGCCCCUUGCUGGUCCAAAAACCAUUCACUUCAACCAAACAAUUCCCCCUCCCCACCAAGAAGUCUGGCAUCAUGUGCUCACUGUCAACCUGCCUUUGGAUUAAACUGAAUCACUCCAGACAGCCUGGAAGGUACACUUCCUUCCAGCAGGUUUGGAGUGACAUAGACUGCUUGCUAUUUUUUAUGAAUAUCUUUUUAUGAAAUCAGCACUAAACUCUGUGUCAUGCAUACAAUAUAUAGUUGCUGCUCAAGAAUCUCUGGGAAGCAUUAAUGAAGUUGCAGUACAGAAUUUUGGACAGGUGUGCUAAUGAAGAAUCAAAAGUGCUUUGCAAGAACUUCAAUGCACGAAUACAAAGCAGCACAUGGUGCUAGUACUCAUUGGCUCUCUACAUUGCAUAAUGAAUAUAAUUCAAUGUAAUGUUGAUUUUCACUAAAGUAUUGCGUGUUGCCUUUCAGGUUGAUAGUAGUACAGAGUCUGCAGAAGCAGCUUGUGACAUCCUAUCUCAGCUGGUGAAUUGUUCUAUCAAGACACUUGGCUUGAUUUCAACGGCAAAACCAAGUUUCAUGAAUGUUUCCAAGGUAAUAUUCCAUAGAGUUCUGAACUUGAAAUUAUGUCUGUAAAUAAAAUGAGGUGGGACCUGUUAUAAAAGUUAGGUUUACUCUGCACCUAAUGAAUUUCUAGGGUAAUUUGGGAUGAGGUUGGGCAAAGUUUCUAAUUGCAGUGGCAGGGUGAAGUUUAUUGGGACUUCAGUACCAGAUUUUUAUGCAGGAUGUAAAAUGAGCAUGAGCUUCAUGUUCCUUUUAAAAUAACAUUUGAUUUCUCAAUGUCAAUUUUUGACUUUCAUUAAUUAAUUUAUUGUAAUUUCCAGUACUCAACCAGUCAGCAAAUGGAAUUAGGAGCUUCCACUUCAUAGUGGCCUGUCAGUUAUUUUUUAUUUUGUUUGUUAUUUCCAUACAUUUUUCCUUUGGAAAGAAAGAUUUGGGAAUAAAAUUUUAAAGUCAUAUUUUUUUGACAUCUGCAGUUGAUGGUAAUAGAUCAUUAAUUUUUUAGUCUCUAGAUAUUUCUUGUUAAAAUCAAGGAACUUUAAAUACCUUUUACUAGCCAAAUGUAAAUGGUAUUGUAUAGAACCUAAAGGUUUUUUUGUCUUAAGACAAACUUUUUAAAUGUCAUGCAGUGAAUAUAUAACUGUAUACCAAUGUUUUCCUUCUUUUCUUUUUUUGUUUGUCUGAAUAGGCUCACUUCGUAUCAGCGCUUACAGUAGUAUUUGUCAAUUCCAAGUCAUUAUCUUCCAUCAAGAUUGAAGACACACCAGUAGAUGAUCCAUCCUUGAAGGUCCUUGUUGCAAACAAUAGUGACACUUUAAAAUUGCUCAAAAUGAGCAGUUGCCCUCAUGUUUCACCAGCUGGUAAGUAAUCUGAGAAAACUAAAAGUAGCAGUUCAUGAUUACUUACUUCAAUUAACAUUUUAUUUAUUUAAAAAUCAUCUUCAUAAUUAUCAAGGUUGCCUCUUACUUUACCAAGUUUAUGAAAUUCUUUUAUCAACUUUUGUCUUUAUUACAGAAGAAAUAAACUGUAUAUAUCAUUAUUAGCAUUACAUCUGAAAGAGGAUCAUGGCUUGUUUCACUCCAGAGAUGAUUUAGCCUUACGAUUGGGUUGCAACAAAACAAAAACAUUCCCAAAGCAAGAGCCAUCUGUGUUGACAAUGAACUAUUAACUUUGCUUUAUUGAUAUAUGUGGAUGCUGCCAUAGUCUCUGCUACUCAGAUGAAAUACCUUUGUAGCCCCAGCAUAAUGUUUGGAAACUGAAAACAAUUAAGAAAAUCACAGCUUUAUUCUCCAUAGACUUCAAAUUUUGGUGAAUGAAUUUCACUAAUUGACUAUGUUAAGAUUUGAGUCCUUUAUGCUUGUGUUGCUUGCUUUGUUAAUAUACUGACAAGUACUGCCUUUCAUAGGUGUCAAAUCCUUUUGGGUAAAUAAAAUUGUUGUGAAGGUUUUUGUUCUUGAAACAUACUGAGAGAAAAUAUGCAUACAGACAGCAGACUGUACAAAAGUUACAUUUUGAAAUGCAGUUAUUUUUCUCAGUGAGCAUUUACAUUGCUUUCCAUAGUGAUUGGAACUUCCAAAAACAGUUCUUUACAAGCAUUAUUUCGUAUCCUAGACCUCAAUAUAGAAUGAUUGCUAAAAUAUCCGCUGAACAAUAUACAGACCUUCUUACCAAUAAUCCUCAUUUAAAACAUACAUUAAUGUUUAUAUAAAUAAGUGAAGCAUUCAAACAGAUAUACAUGGCAGGCAAAAUCCUAGCCCUUAUUAUAGGCUACGUAUGUAAUGGCACAAUCUUAUACACCUUCACAUAAAAGUUGUUAGAUAACAACCUAAGAACUUGAAGCUGGUUUCUGAUAAUUGUGAUGUCCUGGAAUUGGGAAUGUUUUUCAGCGUGGUAGAGGUAAACUAAGUUAGAGUCUUUCUUUGUACUUAACUUUUCUUUCUUUCUUUUUGUCAUUCCUAGGAAUUCUUUGUGUUGCUGACCAGUGUCAUGGCCUUAGGGAGCUCGCUCUUAAUUACUAUUUACUAAGUGACGAAUUGUUACUGGCUCUUUCAAGUGAGAAGCAUGUUAAUCUUGAACAUCUUCGUAUAGAUGUUGUGAGUGAAAAUCCUGGACAGAUUGAAUUUCACGCUAUCAAAAAACAAAGCUGGGAUGCUCUCAUUAAACACUCCCCCAAAGUCAACAUUGUGAUGUACUUCUUCCUAUAUGAGGAGGAAUUUGAUGCAUUCUUCAGGGAGGAAACACCUGUAACUCAUCUUUAUUUUGGCCGUGCAGUAAGCAAAUCAAUGCUUGGGCGUAUUGGACUGAACUGCCCAAGGUUGAUUGAAUUGGUUGUCUGUGCUAAUGGCCUACAGCCCUUGGAUGAUGAACUCAUUCGCAUUGCUGAACGCUGUAAGAAUCUAACUGCCAUGGGGCUUGGUGAAUGUGAAGUUACAUGUCGAGGCUUCAUUGAGUUUGUAAAGAUGUGCGGAGGCAGGCUUACCCAGCUGUCCAUUAUGGAGGAAGUGCUUAUUCCAGACAAUGACUACAAUCUGGAUCAAAUUCAUUCUGAAGUUUCCAAACACCUUGGAAGAAUGUGGUUUCCUGAUAUGAUGCCAACAUGGUAA